UGCAGAUUGAUAAAUACUUAUUAAAAUGCAGAACUCAACUGAACGUAGUCACUCCGUUUAUGAAGAGACGGACAAAAAACUUUCUUCAUCAAGGCUGUUAGCAGAGCCGAGCCUGGGGUCCUAAGAGGACGAAAGUGUGUGUGCUGGGAUGUGCAGAAUGACUGAUGAUGAUGAUGAUGUGAAGGGUGCAUGCAAAUGUACCAGGCAUUGAACACUGGGUGUGGCAGAGAGUCCUAGAGGGUCAAGGCCAGGGGCAGUUUUAGGCACGGGCAGACCGGGCAGCCGCCCGGGGCGUCAUGAAGAGACAGGCGGCAUUUUCCGCAAUUCUUGUGUUUGGCGCCCUCUAAUGGUAUAAAACAAUUGUUGCAAUUGUGUUUGUGCCAUUCGUUCCGUGUACCUGGUAGGGGCGGCCGGCGGGGGAGGGGGAAGGCAGUGGUAAACGUCGUCCCGGGGGUGGGGGGUGUGAGGGAAAAACUUGCCCGGAGCGCCAAAUGUGUUAGGACCGCCACUGGUCACGACUGAAGGCCAGGAGGAACAUGGCCUCUAGGGUGGAAUCGGUGGAAGGGGAGGAGUAGCCAGUGUGCAGUGUGUGUAUGCAGGCGGCUAGCAGGUCGGCAGUGAGGGGGAGCCGUGCGGAAGGAGAGCGGGGAUCUAGACGCUUAAGGCCUUUCAUAAGGAGGGAGGUCUGACUGUGGGAGAUGGCUGAGCAGGGGGAACCGGAGAGCAACUUGCAAAAGAAGUUGAUGCCACUCAGGUCCACGUGGAUGAUGGAAGUGUGGAUGGAUAGGUGCGUGUGAGCGUAGGAGAUGAAGCUGCUGAUGGUAAGGAGGUGAAAUGAGGGGAAGGUGGUGAGCAGUGUGGAAGGACUUGAAGCACUUCCAGGCUGUCCAGUAGGUGGAGAGUGUACAGGGGGACAGACCUUGGAGGAUGGCAUCUUGGGUGUGGAGGUGAAGGUCGUGGAGGGGUGCCGUCAUGGGAAGGUUGUACAGGAAAACGGAGGGACCGGAGUGGGUAGGGGGUCCUUCUCUGGGGCCAAGCGUCUGAAUGUGUGGAGGGAGAGACGGGAGAGGGAGUCAGCAAUGGUGUUGUGGUGACCGGGGAUGUGAGCGGCUCUGAUGAUGAACUGAUGUGUGACUGAAAGCCAAGUGAGGCGGAGGAUGAAGGGCAUGGCGGUGAUGGAGUCUGAUCGGACUUUAUUGAUCCAGGAGAGGACGGCAGUGUUAUCGGAGUAGAUGAGGAUGGAUUGACUUGACCAUUCAUGGCCCCAGAGGAGGGCGGCGAUAAUGAUGGGGUAGACCUGGUGAAGAUGAGGGGGUCAGUGAGGGAGAAGGGAAGGAAGGGAACUUGGAAGGCCACGGGGAAGAGAACCAGCAGCUGUGUUGAAAGGUAUAGUAACAAACCAGCAGCAGUGUUGAAAGAGAACCAGCAGCCGUUGUAGUAGCAGAAACCAGAGGAGGGGGAAUCAUCCUCUCCUUCUGCAGCAGGAUGGGGCGGCCCUGGUGGUCGGUGCCCGCAGGGCCGGACAGGAGGGGUUGCUGGUGAUGGGAGGGGCAGGGGGGCGGGAGGAGGUGAAAACGGUUAGACGGGGGGCCGGGGACCAGGCUCAGGGGCCGGGUGGGCCGCGACCGUGCACUCCAGGGACGGGUGGGAAGGAGCGCCACACAGGGAGCAGGGCAGGACGGACCGGGCAGCCAAAACACCACAAUAGAUUUCAUUGUCCAGCGAGCCCCAGUAGGUGGCCUCAUUGAAUUGCUGGAUUCGCCCCGCGGCCUCGGAGGAGAACCGGACGUGAUGCGUGUAAAACCUGGAGCCCCCGAACCGUAGUGGAGCUGCAGGAUGAGGGAGAGAUAGUCGUCCAGCUCCGCCCGGCGCCCUGGAAAGGAGGAACAGACGACGUCCCGGAACAGGGAGAACGUGGAAGAGAACUCUGCUGCCGUGAGCUCCCGUCACCGGGCGGGUUCAGGGUGGAGGAGCAGGACGGGGGCACAGGACCUGACGAUGGUGCGGGGGGCAGAGAUCUGGGACGGGAGGAGAAGGUCGGCCAGGUCCACGUAAUCACCCUGGAGGAUGGCUGGCCAGAGGGAGGGAGACACAGGGGGAGGCCCGGAGGCAGAGGGGGCCACAGAUGGGGCAUCCGGAGGGGCCGUGGGCAGCGCGAAAGGAGUGGUGACAGGGCCCCAACAGGAAGGGCAGCAUCCGGAGCGGGCAGGAUGGCCAGAGCGGGGCCACCUGCAGGAGGGAAGGUACAGGGCAGGUUAGAGGGGCGCAGCCCGGAGGAGGCAGGGCCAGACCAGAGCAAGCAGGGGCAGGGCCAGGCGCAGGGCAGAGAGCCGGCAGAGAGCCCAUGGAGGAGAUGAACGCCACGGAGAGAGCAGGAAGGUUAGCGAGUGCAGGAGCCGAAGCCAGGGCAGGGAGGGAGGAAGGAAGGGGAACGGGUGGGGGGAGGGAGGGAGGCGAAGCAAGGCAGGAAACCGCCAUGGCGCUGCCCAGCGCCCGGCAGCGGGAGAGGCAGGGUGGGGCUGGGAGAUGGAGAGCAGCGUGAAGAGCCUCGUGAAUAUGUGUAUGUUUAGGAUGGUGUGAGGUGUGAACCAGGAUUAAGGGUUGCCACAAACAAAUCAUCAAGGAGAGAGAUCUCCUGGAGAGGUCCAGCUUAUAUAGGUGCAGCACAGAUGUUCCCCAUCAGUGAUCAUGGCUCCUCCCCCUGUCUGCCAUCCUGGAACUGAAACAAACACACAGAAACAGCAGACAGGGAGAGGAGACCGUAACACUGAUACAUGUUGAUGCUGAUGACUGUUAACAUAGAGCAGCUGCAUAUCAUAGAGCAGCAUUAUAUCCUUACUCUCUGUCCAUCUGGUUACUGACAUCAUCAUGUCAUUCAUCAUCAUUGAUUAACAACAACUCACACUGAUACUUUACUGAUAUGUUCUGUUGUGAUGAUGUUUUAACUUUUUAUUCUCUAUCCUUCAACACAGCUCUACAUGAGGGAUACGCUGAAGAGUAUUUACAAAAUGAAAGCCCAGAGGACAAGAGGAGAAGAGAGGAAUCUGCUUGUUUUCUUGAGGUGCAGCUAGACAAAAAACAACACAAAGAAAGAGAUUUACGACUGAAAACACUACAGAGUGAAGGUAAAGAGAGAGAGGAGAGACUGGAAGUGAAUAAAAAACAACUAGAAGAGAAAGACAAGCAGCUGAAGGAGAAAGAUGAGGAACUAAAGAGGAGGCAGGAGGAACUGGAAAAAAAAAAAAAACAAAUACAAGAGAGAGACCAACGACUGGAAAGUCUAGAUAAUGAAUGUAAAGAGACACAGAAGAGUCUGGAAGGGAAGAACAAACAACUUAGAGAGAGAGAUGAACUACUAGAGGACAGGAACCAGAAGCUGGAGGAAAAAGACCGACACCUGGAGGAGGUGAACAAGACACUGAGGGAGAGUGAAAAGAGGAUAGAAGAGAAGGAUUCACUCCUGGAGGAGAGGAAUAAACAACUAGAGGACACAGAGAGAAGACUGGAGGAAACCACAACACAACUGAAGGAGAAGACCCAACACCUUCAGGAGAAAGAGACACAACUGGAUGACAUGACCCAACAGGUGAGAGAGAAGGAGAGACAACAGGAGGAGCUUAGAAAAGACCUGCAGGACAAGAACAACCAAGUAGAGAAGCUCACAGUCCAACUGCAGGAGAGAGACUCUGAAGUGGAGGAGAGGAACCAGAGACUGAGAGAGAAGGAGGGAGAAUUAGAAGAGAGAGACCAACGACUGGAGAGACUAGAGAGUGAAGGUAAAGAGAGAGAGAAGAGACUGGAAGAGAAGGACAAACAACUAGGAGAGAAAUAUGAACUGCUGAAGGAGAGAGACAGACAUGUAGAAGAUGUCAAAAAUGAAAACAUUAAACUUGCACAGCAGAUAUGUGACCUAAACACUGAGGUAGAGAGACAGAGAAAUAAGUUAUCGGUUAAAACCACUGAGAGAGGAGAGAUCUCAGAAGCAAAACCCAAACUACCAAUCAGGAGGAGACGCAGCUUGGAUACGCCUCCAAACAUGGGAGGAGAGACCCCAGAUACAGACCGUCCACUACCACAGGAUGAAGGUUCUACUGUGGUCCCUGGAGUCAGGAGGAGACGCAGCAUGGAACAGCCUCCAAAGAUGGGGGGAGAGAGCAGCAGUCCAGACCCCCCAGUGUCUCCCAGUGUGUCUGAGCUGAGACUGGUGCUGCUGGGGAGGACUGGGGCUGGGAGGAGGGCAGCAGGAAACACCAUCCUGGACAGAGAGGAGUUUGGGGCCCAGGACAGCCCCUCUGCAGUCACCCAGAGGAGUAGGAGGAGAGAGGGGGACGUGGGUGGGAGACGGCUGGUGCUGGUGGACACUCCAGACUGGUUCAGCCCUGGACUCUCUCUGGAGGAGAUGAGACAGGAUGUGGGGCUGUGUGUCCGUCUGUCCGCCCCGGGACCCCACGCCUUCCUCCUGGUCGUACCAGUGGAGCCCUCUGAGGGGGAGGAGAGAGGAGCCAUGGAGAGAAUGGAGGACAUGUUUGGAGAGGGUUGUUGGGGACACACUGUCAUUCUGUUCACCCAUGAUGACAGUCUGAGAGAGCAGAGCAUGGAGGAGUUUCUCCAAACAGGAAGUCAGGACCUCCAGCAGCUUGUAGAGAAAUGUGGGAACAGGUACCACGUCCUCAACAUGAAGGACAGGGCCCAUGGCACUCAGGUCCCAGAGCUGCUGCACCAGGUAGAGAAGAUGGUGGCAGGAAACAGAGAGAGCUUCUACAGCAGUCAGACCUACCAGGAGGCAGAGGCCCAGGUCAGAGAGAUGGAGGGAAAGAUUCAGAGGGAGAGAGAGGAGAAGAUACAGAGGGAGGAGACAGAGAGGAAAGAGAAGUUUGAGACAGAGCUGCAGAACUCUCUGAAAAAGAUAGAGGGAGUGAUCCAGGAGCACGAGGGAGACAUCAGAACACUCAGCCAUCGAACAUCUGAACUGGAGAGACAGGUGAAGGAAGAGAGGGAUGAGGAGAAGAAGAGAGAGCUGGAGAAGGAGCUGAAGAGAGAGACUGACCGGAGAGAGGAGAUGGAGAGAAAGCUGGAGAGAUUUAGAGAGAAGAGAGAGAAUGAGAGGAGGGAGAGGAAGGAGAGACACAGGCAGGAGAUGGAGGAGUUCAGGGAGAACUAUGAAGGAGAGGCCAGAGUUGAAGCAGAGAGAAACCUGAUGAAGGUGGUCCUACCUGAGCUACAGAGGAGCAUCAUGAUCUCACACACUAAGAUGCAGAGAGACUUCAGCAGACAGAUGCAGGAGAAGAAUAGAGAGAUCCAGGAGAAGAAUAGAGAGAUGCAGGAGAAGGAUAUAGAGAUUGAGAAACUGAUUCAACGACUGGUGGAUCUCAGUGGUCAGUUUAUAGAGGAGGUCAAUGAAAUCAGUAAAUGGAAAAGCCCUCAAACAUAGAGGAGGAGAGAGGAGGGCAAGAGUGUAGAUGAGAGGAGAAGGAUUUAGAUAUAGAGAGACGAACAAACUGAGAGAUCUCAGUGAAGACGUCUUGACAGAGGUCCAUGCUUACACCUGCCCCAUGUGGAAGAAAUUACGAUUUCCUGUGUGCUUACAUUAUUCACUAAUCAAUAGAACUAGUCAUUUGAUUCUAGUUAGUAUGUUCUUAUGUA